ACCAGCAAGUCCCAAGCCCACCCAAUCCUCACCAGCAUCUCUCUCGCCCACGCCUCCGAUCUCCUCUCGCCGCCGCGCUCGGCACCAAGAGAAUGGGCAGCGUCGACGCCUCCGAGAAGACGAUCACCGGCUGGGCCGCCAGGGACGUCACCGGCCACCUCUCCCCCUACACGUACACCCUCAGGAGGACGGGCGCUGAAGAUGUGGUGCUGAAGGUUCUGUACUGCGGCAUCUGCCACACUGACCUCCACCAGACCAAGAACCACCUUGGUGCUUCAAAAUACCCCAUGGUUCCCGGGCAUGAGGUGGUAGGCGAGGUGGUGGAGGUCGGGCCGGAGGUGAGCAAGUACAGCGUCGGCGACGUGGUCGGAGUGGGGGUGAUCGUCGGGUGCUGCCGCGACUGCCGGCCGUGCAAGGCCAACGUUGAGCAGUACUGCAACAAGAAGAUCUGGUCGUACAACGACGUCUACACCGACGGCAAACCCACGCAGGGCGGCUUCGCCUCCUCCAUGGUCGUCGACCAGAAGUUCGUGGUGAAGAUCCCAGCCGGGCUGGCGCCGGAGCAGGCGGCGCCGCUGCUGUGCGCUGGCGUCACGGUGUACAGCCCGCUGAAGCACUUCGGGCUGAUGACCCCUGGCCUGCGCGGCGGCAUCCUCGGCCUGGGCGGCGUAGGCCACAUGGGCGUGAAGGUGGCCAAGUCCAUGGGCCACCACGUCACCGUGAUCAGCUCCUCCGACAAGAAGCGCGCCGAGGCCAUGGACGACCUGGGCGCCGACGCCUACCUUGUCAGCUCCGACGAGGCCCAGAUGGCCGCCGCCAUGGACUCGCUGGACUACAUCAUCGACACCGUGCCCGUCAAGCACCCGCUCGAGCCCUAUCUCGCGCUCCUCAAGAUGGACGGCAAGCUCGUCCUCAUGGGCGUCAUCGGCGAGCCGCUCAGCUUCGUGUCCCCCAUGGUCAUGCUCGGAAGGAAGACCAUCACCGGCAGCUUCAUCGGGAGCAUCGAGGAGACCGAGGAGGUGCUCAGGUUCUGCGUCGAGAAGGGCCUCACCUCGCAGAUCGAGGUCGUCAAGAUGGACUACCUCAACCAGGCGCUCGAGAGGCUCGAGCGCAACGACGUCAGGUACCGCUUCGUCGUCGACGUCGCAGGGAGCAACAUCGAAGACACCACCGCAUGAUUAACUUGUCAACGACGAGCGAACCUACAUUGAGCGCGACAAUUUCCGUGACAUAUGCUCCUCAACUUGGUUCAAUACAUGAUUGUGAACUGUGUGACUGUGUUUCCGUCUUCUAUCAGAGAUUCAGAGUGUGCAUGUUAGUUUCAAUAGGAAGAAAUGUUUGGUAUAAGUCCGGCCUAAUAAUAACGGAUUUGCUA